AUGACAGUCUCAAACGGAAACAGCUACGCUACAACCUUCGACAACCGGGUCGGUGGUACACCUAUUACCCGCGACAAUGCCGCUCCUUACCAAGUAUCUGAGCAUAUCCUAUGCGCCCCAAGGAAGCUCCGAGUUGGAUGUAUAGGAGCUGGAGCCUCUGGGAUCAUGAUGUGCUACAAGAAGGAGAAGGAAUUUGGAGAUGACAUUGAUCUGGUAGUUUAUGAGAGGUACCCCAAGCCCGGUGGUGUCUGGUACGCCAACAAAUACCCCGGUUGCCGCUGCGAUGUUCCUUCACCCGCCUAUCAAUAUCCAUUCCACCCCAAAGCAGAUUGGUCCAAGUACUAUUCCCCCGCGGCUGAGAUCCAAUCGUAUUACGAGUCAUUCGCCAGAGAGAAGGGCUAUAUGGAUAACUACAUCAAGCUGUCUCAUCGCGUCGACAAAGCGACUUGGGAUGAGCCCAACGGACAGUGGAUCCUGACUGUAACGGAGACCACGGAUGGCCGAGAGCGAACUUUCGAGGAUCGAGUCGACUUCUUGAUCGCCAACAUUGGCAUCUUGAAUACUUGGAAGUGGCCCGACAUUCCUAACCGCGAGGCAUUCCGUGGACAUAUGACGCAUUCAGCGGACUACGAUACCGAUCUUGAUCUACAAGGCAAGACUGUGAUCGUCAUUGGAUCUGGCGCCUCUGCGAUCCAAAUCGUCCCAGCUAUCAAGUCGGCAGCAAAGAAGGUCAUCUCGUUCUAUCGCACACCGCAAUGGAUUGGACCUGGUUUGUCCAUGGAAGGCUACACGGACUCCGAGGGACGAAACUUUCUCUAUACCGAUGAGCAAAAGAAGCAAUUCGAAGAAGACCCAAAGGCGUACUUAGAGCACCGGAAGGCGAUGGAAACAAAGAUCAACGCCAGUUUUCGACAUAAUAUCGCUGACCACCCAAGCCAGAAGAUGGCUCGCGAUUUCGUGGCGCAAAGAAUGGCCAAGAUCCUGAAGAACGACGAAAAGUUGACGCAACGCCUAAUCCCAACCUUUCCCAUGGGAUGCCGUCGCCUCGGUCCGGCGGAAGGAUUCCUCGAGUCUUUCCACGAAGACAACGUUGAAUUGGCCGAGGGCGAAAUCGAGUCUUUCACCGAAAACGGACUACGCGUUACUGAUGGAACAGAGUACAAAGCAGACGUCAUCAUUUGCGCGACUGGCUUCAACGUCAGCUUCAAGCCACAUUUCCCUGUCAUCGGCCGUGACAACGUGUCGCUUGGUGAAGCUUGGAAGGACGAUCCAGCUGCUUAUCUUGCGCUUGCUGCCAGUGGCUUCCCUAACUUUAUGCUGGGUUCGUUGGGACCAAACUGUCCUGCGGGCCAUGGAUCGUUCAUCACUGUCUUGGAAGCUGCACAGAACUACAUCUGCAAGAUCAUCAGGAAGAUCCAAACGGAGAACAUCCUCACUAUGGAUGUCAAGCCUGAGGUUGUUGACGAGUACAACGAACAUGUGCAUGAAACACUUCGGUCCGCUAAUGCUCAAGUUACAGUGUCUGGGCUGCCGGCUGUCGUUCAUGGUACAACCAAGGCCGACCGAAUGGCAAGAUCACGGCGCAGUAUCCAGGAUCUCUUGUUCACUGGCGGUUGA